AUGGCUGAUAGAAAUUAUUCGUAAAUUUUUAUGAAUUAUACGUAUAACAUAGAUACGAAAUAGUAAAUAAAAGGGGCAUACAAAUGCAUUAAAGGAUUGCUUUAACAUGGCUAACCAUUAUGAGGUCCCUAAUUGGGCAGGAAAACCACCAACAGGACUCCAUCUGGAUGUUCUAAAGGGAGAUAAGCUUAUCCAGAAACUGAUGUUAGACGAAAAGAAAUGUUAUCUCUUUGGUAGAAACCCACAAAUGAACGAUUUCUGCAUAGAUCAUGCAAGUUGCUCCAGAGUACAUGCUGCUUUUGUUUAUCACAAGCACCUAAACAGAGCAUUCUUAGUUGACUUAGGCAGUACCCAUGGAACUUUUAUUGGCCAGAUGAGGCUAGAACCAAAUAAACCGACACAGCUUCCUAUAGAUUCUACAUUUCACUUUGGUGCUUCCACUAGAAAUUAUAUUAUAAGGGAACGACCAACUGGUAACACUAGAGGUAUAAUGGAGGAACUUCCCAAUACUGAAACUGAGGGUGCACUGUUGGGGCUUCCGGAGACACAGACUGAGCUAGAUAACUUGACAGAAUUCAAUACUGCUCAUAACAGAAGAAUUUCCAUGUUGGGCAUCUCAACCGAUGAUGGUACAGAUGUUAUUAAGCCUCAAACUGGUUCAAAACGAACAGCGACCAUGCCCGCAGGGAUGCCUAAAAAACAGAAAAGGAAUGUUUCCUUCAAUGAGGAGGUGGACAUAAUCAAUCCAGAAGAUAUAGACCCCACAAUUGGCAGGUUUAGGAACCUUGUUCGGUCCACAAUUGUACCCAAUGCUAAUAAUAUACCAAGAAAGCUGAAGUUACAGAGUGCAGAUGAUAACCAACACCACCACUCAUUAAGGCUGCAAGAAAUAUCAAGAAGCACGAAUUUGUACUCAGACCUACCAGCCCCAAGCUCGCACCUGAGCCUAAUAGGGGCUAGGUUGGGUAUUUCACUACCUAAUCCUGCGCCUGACGUGGAAUUGGAAGGUCCUGAGCCACAACUUAACAUACAUCCACCACUUCCAAACUCUGCUGCAGAAGAAACAGGAGCUUCCAACGAGCCUAAGAAGAAGAAGUACGCGAAAGAAGCAUGGCCCGGGAGAAAACCGGCGCUCAUACCGGGUGUAUGAGUGUAACUUACCCUAGACAUUGCCAAUAAUGUUCUGUCGUGCAAAUUAUGUAGCGACGUGGCUGAAAAUUUUACAAUAAUGAACGGAUUAGGUAGAAAAAUGUGAAGUGUGUUUUUGAAGAGCGCUAUCUAUCGUCGGAUUUUGGUAGUUUAUAAACUGUUUUAAUACAUAAUGUAAUUAAAAUAGCGCUAUCUUUUG